AUGUCUGUAUUGUGGCUGCUUCUGGGCCUCCUGGCCCUGACUGACUCAUCUGAAAGCAGCAACUGGGGGUGCUACGGGAACAUCCGAGCCCUGGACACCCCUGGAGCAUCCUGUGGGAUUGGAAGACGUUAUGGCCUGACCUACUGUGGAGUCCGUGCUUCUGAAAGGCUGGCUGAAAUAGACCUGCCUUACCUGCUGAGAUACCAGCCCAUGGUGCAGAUGGUUGGCCGGAAGUACUGCAUGGAUCCUGCAGUGAUCGCUGGGGUACUGUCCAGGGAGUCUCUCCGGGGCAGUGUUCCAGUCAACAUGGGUGUUCCAGUCAACGUGGUACAGGACACAAAUGAUUUUGCUCCCAAAUCCUGGAUCAGUGAGUCCCAGGUUUCCCAGAUGACUAAGGUUCUGACUACUAGAAUCAAAGAAAUUCAGAGGACAUUUCCAACCUGGACCCCAGACCAGUACCUGAGAGGUGGGUUGUGCUCCUACAGUGGGGGUGCUGGCUUUGUCCGAAGUGGCCAGGACCUGAGAUGUGACUUCUGCAAUGAUGUCCUUGCACGCGCCAAAUACUUCAAGAGACAUGGCUUCUAG